AUGGCGAUGGGAAAUAUGUACAACAGUUUCCCGUCUUUAACCUCAACUCUAGCUUAUACAGUUUCUCAUUCGUCUGUUGUACCUUCUACAAGUACAGUUACCACCGUAACGCUAACGACAAAGACGGAGCCUAUAAGGCCGCCAUCAACAAAUGUUAAAGAUUCUUAUUACGAACUCUACCCGACUGACAGCAACAACGAUGCAGAAACAUGCUCCUCAGCUUUGUCAAAUGCAAGCCCUCGAAGUCAAGAUGAGCAGGCUUUAUUAGGGUCGUUUUCUGGAGACAGAUGUGUGGAUAUUGAAGAACAAGAAAAGCGAAAGCUGGAACGAAAGAGAGCGCGAAACCGAUUAGCAGCUACAAAAUGUAGACAGAGGAAAAUUCAAAAAAUUCAUGAUUUAGAAAAAGAAGUAAUUUCUUGA